AUGCCUAUUGAGUUUUUGGGGACGGUGCUUUUAGAGGGAACGGAGCGGAUUCCGUACUGGGAGGAGAUCAAGCGAUAUGCGCCUCCGCUGAUUGUGGGGAUCUUGUUGAAGCUGUACUUCGGCGGGUCGUCGAACACGUGGGAGCGGAAGCUCCACGGGAAGGUGUACAUUGUGACGGGCGGAACGAGCGGGGUCGGGGCUGCGCUUGUGCGGGAGCUGGCGGGUCGGGGCGCCCAGCUGGUGCUGUUGUCGUCGCAGAUGGGGGAGGACACGGACAACAGCGCCAAGACGUGGCUCACGGAGUACGUGGAGGACCUGCGGGCGGCGACGGGGAACGAGCUGAUCUACGUGGAGGAGUGUGACUUGUCGUCGUUGUACUCUGUGCGGAAGUUUGCCACCAGGUGGCUCGACAACACGCCUGCGCGGCGGUUGGACGGGGUGCUCUGCCUUGCCGGGGAGAGCUUGCCGAUGCAGAAGCUGCGGACGAACUCGGUGGACGGGGUGGAGAUCCACAUGGCGGUGAACUACUUGGGCCACUUCCAGCUCUUGACGUUGCUGGAGCCGGCGUUGCGGGUGCAGCCGCCGGACCGCGAUGUGCGUGUGCUUGUGAGCUCGUGCAUGAGCGAGAACGUGGGCGAGCUGCAGACCACGGACUUGCUCUGGGAGGAGCGCAGCUACCCGGCCAGCCGGCCCUGGAAGGUGUUUGGCACGUCCAAGUUGCUGUUGCACCUGUUUGCCAAGGAGCUGCAGAGACGGCUCGAGACCUACGACCGCCCGGACAAGCAGCCCUGCGGCGUGCGCGUCAACGUGGUCAACCCGGGGCUGGUGCGCAGCCCCGGCCUGAGGCGCUUUGUGUCCAUGGGCAGCGUGUGGGGGUUGCUUGCCUACCUGCUGCUGUACCCGCUGUUCUGGGUGUUUCUCAAGUCGUGCGAGCAGGGCAUGCAGUCCUACCUCUUUGCUGUCAACUCGCCGAACGUGUUCAGCGCCAAGGGCGGCGCCUACAUCAAGGAGUGCAGCGUGGUUGGCCAGGGCUCACGCCGCGAGCUUAGCGACGAGCUGCUGCAGCGCAAGGUGUUUGAGCAGACGCAGCACACGAUUGCGGCCCUCGAGAAGGCCAGCGCUCUCGAGCGCAACAGAGGCAAGAAGGCCAAGGCCAAUGCCGGUGCCAAGCCCGACGCCAAGUCCGCCAAGUCCAAGACCAACCCUGCGCCUGGCUCCGAGCCCGACAAGGUCAGCUUGUUCAAGGAGGCCUUCCGAGGCGACCACGGCCUCUACCCGGACAUGAACAGCCCUGUGGCGCAGCAGUCCGACGAGGGCCAUGCGGCGCGUCUGCGGCGGCUCGACGCCAAGUUUGCCCAGAGCCGCGCAGGCGCCGCACCGUCCGCCGCACCUGCAGCGGACUGA